AUGGUGAAUACUCGCAAGGGGUCUUAUGUGCCUAAGCAGUCUGAAGAUGCAUCUAAUGUCAUCACCUCUUCGCCUCUUCCAGUACAACAUGCAAAUGUCAGAGUCGGUGAGUCUGUUGCUCCUGUUUCUCCUGCUGUGCAUGCACAACGAGCUUCUGAGGCUACUAAACCCUCAGAGACAGUUAUAACCGAGAGGCUCCCUUCUGAUCCCUCGGGUUUCAUUCACUCUCAAGAGAGCUCAUCAACCGAAGGGGUAUUCAUUCCAACUCCAGGAAGCCCUCGACGCUCACCAGCUAUAUCUUUAGGUCAUUCUCCCUCUGUUCACCCUCCUCAAUCAAAACUACCUACUUCACAACCGGAUGCGGUGCCUGCACACAUUCCUGGAAUCGCUACUGCUGCAUGUGAGGAACAGACCGAUGGUUCUCAAAAUGAUGAUCAGUGUGCUUCUUUUAACCAGGCUGACAUGCCUCCUGAAGACAUUCCUCCUCCUACUGAUAAUCCCAUUGCACCAUCUUCUGAAGGAAGGACAGAAUCUCCUAAAGGUUCUAAACCCCCAAAAAGAAAACCUCAACAGGCUAGGAGAAAUGUUACCACAAAAUCAGGCAGAAAGAAAAUUCCUACAAAUGUUCCAUCUGUUCCCAUUGAUGGAUUUUUUUUCACCACGAGGAAAGCGUUCAACACUGGAAGUUUUUGA